AUCCAGUCCAUCCUCACUACCAACAUCCUCUUUCAUACCAUUCCAUAAUCUUAAUCCAACCAACACCACUCCACCCAGCCAAAAUGCAGUUCACCACCAUCCUCGCUACCAUCGCUCUGGCCUUCGGCGCCUCUGCCACCAGCGUCUCCUACGACACCGGCUACGACGAUGCCUCCCGCAGCUUGACUGCCGUCUCUUGCAGUGACGGUGCCAACGGCCUGAUCACCAAGUACGGCUGGCAGACCCAGGGUGCCGUUGCCGGCUACCCCCACAUUGGCGGUUCUGACACCAUUGCCGGAUGGGGCUCCGCUAACUGCGGCAAGUGCUACCAGUUGACCUACAACGGCAAGAGCAUCAACGUCCUGGCCAUCGACCACGCUGCCAACGGCUUCAACCUCGCCCAGGCCGCCAUGAACGAGCUCACCAACGGCCAGGCCGCUCAGCUUGGCCGCAUUGACGCUCAGUCCGUCGAGGUCCCUGCUGCCCAGUGCGGCUUGUAAAUCAACCGCCACAGACGAGAAGAGGAGGAAGAUCCAUCGAAAAUCAAGCAUCAAAAAGAUGUUCGGUAUGACGUCUGAAGCAUGAUGCAGAGGCGGGGGAGGUUG